AUGAACCAAAACCAGUUGAAACAACUUCCACCUCACUACCAACCAAUGCUCAAAGAAUCAAUCGACCGUUUCCUAACUGAAUACCGAAAAGGCACUACCAAUUUCAGCGACUUCAGUUCAAUCUUUUCCCGCACGCUUCAUAGCACACCAGACCCUCCAAUUCCAGUUGUAUGGUUUUAUACAGCUCUCGAAUUUCACGCUUAUAGGUUGGGAGUGGGGAAAGAACGUUCUGGAACUUCUAUAGCUUCGGUGGACGCGGUUAAGGGUUUGUUUCAGUUGCUGGUUUCGUGUUCUGAUGAAUGUGUGUCGAUGAAGAGGAUUGGUGUUCUCGCACCUUUGGUUUUUGAGCUUUGGCGUUUGGGGGUUUAUGAGAAAGAAGUGAAGAGUGAAAUUGAGGUUUUGGUGGAAGGGGUUGUUAGUUAUUGUAGCAUUUAUUGUUUGAAGAGCGAGGUUGAGGUUCGAGGAGGUGACGGGGUAGUGGUUCUGGAAGAGGAUUUUGUGGAUUUGUUACCGGUUUGGAUGAUUGGUUGUGAGAGUGAGUUUGGGGUUGGUGGUGGUUUGAAGGAGUUUUUCCCUUUUGUUAGUGAUCAGAUUCGAAAGGGAAUUGAGAUGGGUUGCGAGGUUGGUUAUUUGGCUGGGGUUAUCAUGUUUGAAGCUCUUUUGCUGAAAAUGUGUUUGAUUUUUGAUGCCGGGAUCACGAGAGGGGAGAAGGAGAAGAAGUUGCAGGUUUCUGCAGCUCAGAUCAUGACAGGGUUUCGUAAUUUUUACUUUUUGGAUACCCUUUUCAGGAUGAUGUUGGAGCCAGUUUUACCAGUGAUCUCCUUACUGGGUUCUGAAAAUGAAGUUCUUUUAAAAGAAGUCCUGUACAAUUCUGUGAUGAUGAUGGAUUAUUCAUUCAUAAGUCGUCAACCCGGAGUUUCACUGUAUGCCAACGGCCUGAAAGAUUUUGCAAUUAAUUGGUUGUUUGUUGCUGAGUUAGCUAUACAGUCUGCUAGGGAAAAUGGUGAUCAUGGGAAAGCUACUUCUUAUAUCCUUGCCUUCUGUAAAUCCUGCAUUCCCAUUCAAUUGAUCAACUGGGUUAUUAGUCAAAGUGGAAUAGACAGAAAGAUCGGCAGACCAAGUGUUUCCACUCCCAUAGAUCUUAUAAAAUGGCUUCUAGUUGUUGAGGAACAAGGAUUGGCAAUAUUUGGUUGUGGAAUUGCCAAGCAUCGUGCAAAGGCUUUCCUGUUCACUUCAAGAAGCGAGCGUAUACUUCCAGUGGUCAAACAUCCCUUUUUAAAUUUGAUACACGGAGUGUCAGUGAUAGAUAGAGUUGUUGGUGGUGAUGUAGAGAUGCAUGAUACUGUGGACGCCAUGAGUUUGUCUGGUGUUGAUAAAAUGAACACAACCACCAUUGAUGGAACUAAAAAACGCAAAGAAGGAAUUGAGGAUGAUACCAAAGCACAGCUAAAGUAUAUGAGAUGCCAGUUUCAUGAAAAUUCUGUGAAAGAAAACUCCUUUAUAUUCAGGCAACAAUGA